ACUGACAGCGCCUCGAAUGCACACAUUAUGGAGGGCAUCCAAGGUAAAAGAUACUCAGUUUGUCUAGACCGCUUAUUCCCGUAUUCCAAUCGCAAGGCCUUAUAAGGCACAAAUAAACCCCAGGCACCGUGCAAAAUAGCGUAAGAAAUGUCGCCUCAAGAGUGAAUUUUACACUCCCAAAGAUAACAACAUUCGAGGAGCACACACAGAAAAGCACAACUAAGGUUGAUAAUAGGGUAAAUGUGGCGAUCGAGGAGGAAAUAAUGCAAACUAGUGAGUGACCAGUCCAAACGACGUCCGUGUUGGGUGAGCAUAACAUACCAAGGUCGCGCAGAAAAAGUAAACCGUUCAAAGCUGGGCUCGUGCCCGCUCCUAGAGCGCACCCGUGAGCAGGGAAAGCGCGUGUCCUUGCGUGGUUCUGCUGACAACCACGAGUUGGAUAGUGAACGCGGCGCUCACGCAGGUUACCGCCAGCAACGCUGCUUUCUUUGCUCUUGCUUGGAUAGACCGCUACACAUAUGAGGUGACCGCUCCUUCUCCAACAGCCAUUCAGAAUACUUGGAGAUUUGUUGGUGGCUGUCCAGGGUCUACAUCUAAUAGCUAAGACUUAAUGAAUUUCUGGUUUGUACAGUCCCUAAACCAGAGAUGGCAGGAGGAAAGUGGAAAGCAGCCUCCAUUAUGAACAAACUUCUAAUGGGUUUGAUAAUUAUUAUCUGUCAAACUAUGGAUGCAAGACAGCUGCUAUGUGAUCAUUCCUUCCAAGGCUGAAGAGAAGAACAUGGCUAUGUAAAUCCCUUAGGAGUUUACAGAACCCACCAAGGAUGGAGCAUGAGGCUAUUCAGCUGGAACAUCAACAUGUUCAUAGUGUAUAUGAGAAAACAGCUUCUUACUUCAGUGAUCUCCAGAGUAAGGCUUGGCCCCGUGUUCGUCAGUUUUUGCUGGAACAGCAGCCUGGCAGUCUCAUUGCUGACAUAGGUUGUGGGACUGGAAAAUAUCUUGAUGUUAACAACCAGGUCUUUAAUCUAGGCUGUGACUACUGUGGGCCCCUGGCUGAGAUUGCCAGUAAGCGAGGACAUGAAGUUAUGAUUUGUGACAACCUUAAUCUUCCAUUCAGGAGCCAGUGCUUUAAUGCUGUCAUUUCUGUAGGAGUAAUUCACCAUUUUUCAACAAGGGAAAGAAGAAUCAGAGCAAUAGAAGAGAUGUCAAGAGUGUUAAAGCCUGGGGGCCAAAUGAUGAUUUACGUCUGGGCAAUGGAACAAAAGAAUCGACGGUUUGAGAAGCAAGAUGUGUUUGUGCCGUGGAACAGAGCUUUAUGUUCUAGACACCCUUCUGAAUCCAGUCAGGCAUUUAACAAAAGUAAAGAAGAACACAAUUGCACAUUGGAACUGAACUAUGAAAAAGUAAUACAUUCUGAGAUUAAUAAAGCUAUCAUACUUGGAAAGGAUCUUAGCAUGAAAUAUUCCUUCAAUGCAGUUAACAGCAGAUUACGAGGACAGUGCUGCUUGAAAAUUUCUGAAGAUCAAAAACAACGAUUUUAUAAUGGCCUUGGAAGAUCUUUACGAUCUUUAUUCUUCUCUAAGUCACUUGACGAGUCUUUGUUGCAGAGACAAAUUGAUAAAAUAAGACAAGUGAGGACUCCUGACCAGUGGGUAGAUAAUGCGAUUUCAGUUCAGCCUUCCAGGCAUUGCAGCUUGGAUCUGGGGAAUCAGCGAGUAUUGUUAAAAGAACACAGCUUGGAUGAUGAAGUAUUUUCGGAAGCUAUGACUCACACAGAAGAGCAAUGGCUGACAGCCUCAAGCAAUUUAAAAGAGGGGAGGGAAACUGGAAGUCAAAUAUUUUUACAAAACUCUGGACCACAGUCAACUAAGGUAACUGCUACAAACAUGACAUUAGACAGUAGUACCCAUGAAAACUUGGAUGGGAUGAAGACUUCAGUUCAACAGAGUCUCAAACGAACUUCAACUUCAGAUUCAACUGAUUCUGUUUUUGAUAGCAUGUUAGCUGUAGAGGAUCAUCAGGAUGAUACAAUGGAUGUUAACGCUUUCAUGCGUUACUAUCAUGUAUUUCGAGAAGAUGAACUACCUUCGUUGAUAGCAGAUAAUUUUUCUGAACUUCAUGUUCUAAGCAUUUGCUAUGAUCAUGGAAACUGGUGCUUAAUUGCAGAGAAGAAGUAAUAUCUUAAUUGGCCUUUGAGCAACAUUUCCUUAAGAAGUCCCAUUUGUGCUCAGUAGUAUAUUUUUUAAAGCUACUCAAGGCAUGAAUAUUUUGCACUGUUAUAUAAACAUGAUAUUUAAUUUUGUUGGAGCAUUUGGGCUGAGUGGCUGUUGCAUAAGCUCCUCUUCUCUUUCUGUCUCUCUCUCUCUCAGUGGUUUCAGAUUUUCUAACAGUUAUAUCUCAUUUCAUUUCAAAACACCCACACACGCGCACACACACACAGACACACACACACAUACAUGCACACACACACACACACACAC